AUGUUAGAAUUGAGUAACUCUGUCUUGGUGGCAUUGCUGGUUGCGCUGAUAAGCAGUGCCGUUCUGCUCAUUGUACAAAAAAACUCUGCUAAUGUUAUCCCGGGCUACAAAGUUUCAAACAGGGACCCGACUUUCAUCAUCGCUGGCCCAACUUACAGUGGGAAAACGGGCUUGUUCAAUUUAUUGACCACAGACGGGCAUAAACCGACCGUGAUGUCCCAAGAGCCCAACGUGGCCGAGGAUUACAUGCUGCCAUCAACCGCCAAAAGCUUCAGGUUUAAGCUUAUGGAAUUCCCAGGCCAUUUCAAGUUGCGGUAUCGCCUUUACGACACACUCAAAGAUUCAACAUCACUGAAAGGCUUGAUUUUUGUUGUGGACUCAACUGUCGACCCUCAAAAGCUCACUGAAACCGCAGAGUUCUUGUAUGAAAUACUUGGACUAACUGAGAGAUUUCCUGACGGUGUUGACAUUUUAAUAGCUUGUAACAAAUCCGAAUCUUUCAGCUCAAGGCCCCCUCUGAAAAUCAGAGACGCUCUUGAGAAGGAGAUCGGAAAAAUCAUCGAAAGGAGGGUUAAGUCUUUGGCCUCCGUUAAGAAGGCAGACACAACUUCUGGCGUAGAAGAUGAGGAUGGUGCUCCCCCUCAAUCAGUUGAGUUUCAAAGUAACCACGAGUUCAGAUUCGAUGCUCUCGAUGGCAACGUCGACGCUAUGGAUGGCAGCGUCCUGAAGGGCCAAAUCGAGAAGUGGGAGUGCUGGAUUGAUGAGAGGGCCGUCAAUUGA